GUUCCUCGCUCGGACCAACAAGGAGCACCAGGCAACGAUGGACCACCCGUUCAUGAAGUCCAUAUACGCUCGGACAUUCGACACGGACGCCUAUGUUGCCUACUUGCGAGCGCAGUUGUCCAUCUUCUCCGAGCUCGAGAGGCUCUGCGCGCUGCAGCGCGCGGCGGCCCCGCUGGCCGCCGUGCACGACGAGGCGCUGCACCGCGCCGACGCGCUGCGGGCAGACCUGGGCUUCUGGGCCGGGCACGCCCGGGGCGCCCCGGCGCCCGCCGCGGCGGAGGCGCGCUACCUGGAGCGGUUGCGGCAGGACUCCGCCGAUCCCUGGCUGCUCCUGUGCCACCACUUUCUGAACUACAACGCCGUCCUCAGCGGCGGCCAGUUCCUGGGGAGCAUGGUCUCCUCGCGAGCAGGCGUGGACCCCCCGGUGGGGGUGGAGUUCUUCCGCUUCCCGCCGUCGUGCGAGCCCGUGCGCGACAGGGUGCUCCAGUACCUCGACAGCAUGGACGGGCUGCAGAUCCCGGAGCAGCGGCGCGGCCCGAUGCUCGAGUGCAUGAGGGCGGUGUACGCGCUGCACCUCCAGCUCUUCGACGAGCUGCACGCGCUGGCCGCCCCGGGGCCAGCCGCGGCGGCCGCGCGCGCGGCCGCGGGCGAGGGCGGCGGCGCCCGCAGGGGGCCCAUCCCGCCACCCCUGGACCCGGCGGAGCGGGACAUCGCGCUGGGCGAGCUGCGGAGGCACGGAGGCACGGAGGGCGCCACGCUCGGGCUCCCCCUCCUGACCUCGGUGCUCGGGCGCGUCUACGACGUCUCGGCGGCCCGGGGCCUCUUCGGUCUCGGGGGCCCCUACAGCAUGUCACCGCGCCGCCCCUCGGGCGCUCGGCCGGCCUGGCCGGUCUGGCGGUCAUGUCCCUGAAGCAGGGCACGCUGGACAGGUUCGCGUACGAGGUCGACGACGAGGAGAGGCAGUGCCUGGCCGACUGGAUCGCAUACUUCGACAACAAGUUCGGCCGCCCUGUCGGGCGGCUGAGCGACAAGACGCACAGCCUGGAGCUGCGACACCUGCCGCUGGCUUAUGAUCGGGCGGAUCGGGCCACACCGAUCCACCGAGCUCAGCCAGAGGAGGCGACGGAUGACGACGACGAGGUGGAG